AUUCACCAAGCUAUGGUAACAUCUCUAAAUGAAGAUAAUGAAAGUGUGACUGUUGAAUGGAUUGAAAAUGGAGACACUAAAGGCAAAGAGAUUGACUUGGAGAGCAUAUUUUCACUUAACCCAGAUCUUGCACCUGAUGAAGAUAUUGAGCCUAGUCCAGAGACACCACCACCACCUACUCCAUCAGCCAAAGUAAACAGAAUCGUGAAGAGUCGACGAACUGUGGUACCAGUUAAGAAUGACACUCCUGCAAGAGAUAAUAGAGUGGUUGCUUCUGCACGUGCACGGCCUACUCAGCUUCCUGAACAGUCUUCCUCCUCACAACAGAAUGGUAGUGUUUCAGAUAUAUCUCCAGUUCAAGCUGCAAAAAAGGAAUUUGGACCCCCUUCACGUAGAAAAUCUAAUUGUGUAAAAGAGGUUGAAAAAUUGCAAGAGAAACGCGAAAAACGAAGGCUACAUCAGCAAGAACUUAGAGAAAAAAGAGCUCAGGAUGUUGAUGCUACAAACCCAAAUUAUGAAAUUAUGUGUAUGAUAAGAGAUUUCAGGGGAAGUUUGGAUUAUAGACCACUGACAACUGCAGAUCCUAUUGAUGAACACAGGAUAUGCGUUUGUGUACGAAAACGACCUCUCAAUAAAAAAGAAACUUUAAUGAAAGACCUUGAUGUAAUAACAAUUCCUAGUAAAGAUGUUGUGAUGGUACAUGAACCAAAACAAAAGGUGGAUUUAACAAGGUACCUAGAAAACCAAACUUUUCGUUUUGAUUAUGCCUUUGAUGACACGGCUCCUAAUGAAAUGGUUUACAGAUUUACAGCGCGACCAUUAGUAGAGACGAUAUUUGAAAGGGGAAUGGCCACAUGUUUUGCAUAUGGGCAAACAGGCAGCGGAAAGACCCAUACUAUGGGUGGUGACUUUUCAGGAAAGAACCAAGAUUGUUCUAAAGGAAUAUAUGCACUUGCAGCUCGAGAUGUGUUUUUAAUGCUAAAGAAGCCAAAUUAUAAGAAGCUAGAACUUCAAGUAUAUGCAACAUUUUUUGAGAUCUACAGUGGUAAGGUUUUUGACUUGUUGAACAGGAAGACAAAAUUGAGAGUGUUAGAAGACGGUAAACAGCAAGUUCAAGUGGUGGGAUUACAGGAACGGGAAGUCAAAUGUGUUGAAGAUGUUUUGAAACUUAUUGAAAUAGGCAACAGCUGCAGGACAUCUGGUCAGACUUCUGCAAAUGCGCACUCAUCUCGAAGCCAUGCAGUGUUUCAGAUUAUUCUGCGAAGGAAAGGGAAAUUGCAUGGUAAAUUUUCUCUGAUUGAUUUGGCUGGAAAUGAAAGAGGAGCAGACACUUCCAGUGCAGAUAGGCAGACACGGCUGGAAGGUGCCGAAAUAAACAAGAGCCUUUUAGCACUCAAGGAGUGCAUUAGAGCCUUAGGCCGAAAUAAAGCUCACACACCAUUCAGAGCAAGUAAACUUACUCAGGUGCUAAGAGAUUCAUUCAUAGGAGAGAACUCCCGUACCUGUAUGAUUGCUACAAUUUCUCCAGGAAUGGCAUCAUGUGAAAACACCCUAAAUACAUUGAGAUACGCAAAUAGAGUAAAGGAAUUUGGAAUUAGUCCUUCGGACAUUCCCUUCUCACAGGGUAGUGGCAGUCGCUCUGAUCUCUCUCCUUCUUAUGAGUAUGACGACUUUUCUCCUUCAAUCACCAGAGUGAAGGAACUGACGGUUGAUCCUAGUGCUGCAGGAGAUAGCCGUCCAAUUAUACACCAUGCUCCAAAUCAGAUCGAUGACCUAGAGACGCAGUGGGGUGUAGGGAGCUCUCCUCAGAGGGAUGAUCUCAAAUUGCUUUGUGAACAAAAUGAAGAGGAAGUUUCUCCACAGUUGUUUACUUUCCAUGAAGCUGUUUCACAGAUGGUAGAAAUGGAGGAACAAGUUGUUGAAGAUCACAGGGCUGUCUUUCAGGAAUCUAUUAGAUGGCUGGAAGAUGAAAAAGCUCUUCUUGAGAUGACAGAAGAAGUAGACUAUGAUGUGGAUUCUUAUGCUACCCAACUUGAAGCAAUUCUAGAGCAAAAAAUUGAAAUUCUGACUGAACUUCGAGAUAAAGUGAAAUCUUUCCGUGCAGCUCUACAAGAGGAGGAACAGGCCAGUAAACAGAUCAAUCCGAAAAGACCACGUGCCCUUUGAAAUAGGCCUUUGCUGCUAAAGGAAUCCAUGAACCCAUACUGCUGUAGCACACGUUUGUUACAAAACCCAGUGGCUGGAAGAACUCAACUACUUGAAAGUGAAAAACUUUAGAAAUGUCUGUGGAAAUGUCCUGUUUCUUAUUCACCUGAGUGACGUUUUCAGUUUUGUGUGAAAUGCUCCUAUGAUGUCUACAAAAUGCUUCUAGACCAGACGGCACAACCAUGCAGGGUUCAGAUCUGUGAAGCACUUUGUUUCAAAUAUUUCAUUUAUUCAACUAGUGAAUUUUAUGUUUUGGAAAUAUUUGCCAUGUUUUUAAUAAUGAAGUAAAACUGUGGCCAUUAAAAAUGCCAUGGUAUUUCCUUUUAACUAUGUUCAGUUUUGUUACAAAGACCAGCUGUGCAGUUUUAAAUUGUGUUUGCGUGCAUGCACACCUCACUAGUGGUUGGACGUAACUUCUCUUCUACAGACAGCUGUGCUCAUCUCUUCCCAUUCUGUGCCUCGAUGAAGGCUACUUAACCCUAGACAUCCUUUUUAUGAAGCACAGCCUUAACAACAUUCCUUAUUUGUCAAUGUAAAUUACUUUCAGUGUGUGUACAUUUUUAAUGUGUUUGGAGACUUUUUUUGUGGCUAGUUCAUUUCACAGGAUGUCCCAUAUCCAGGAACCACAAGAGCUGUUGGAUUGGACAAACAGCUACCAUUUCAUCCUCCUUGUAAAAAUCUGGAAUCUAGAUUUAUUUGAAUACCAUAAAGAGUGGUUAUAUAAUUCUAACAUUUUCUCUGUAAAAA